CCCAACGGUCAAAUCGUAUCCAAAGAAGUAUGAAACCCAACCGACAAAUCUCAGGACGAUCCAACGGUUUGAUUGUCCGGAAUCGUCCUUCUCACAGGCUGUCUCGCUGCUGGACGGAAAUUGGCAGCACCCCCUUUGCCUCCUUCUUCUUCCUCUUCCUCUCCUUGAUAUGCUUUUCUUUCUAGCUUUCACUCUUUGUUUCUGAAAGGGGGUGGUGGUUUUUGAGGUGGUGAAACCAGGUGAAAGGAAGAGAGCAAGAGAGAGACGUGGGAGAGAGUGAGGGGAAGGGAUGAGAAGGAAAU